AGUUAAUGUUUGGAGCGCCGGCGUUGAUGCGUUCUUUCUUGUCCGAACUGGGUCCUCUGUUGGAAUAGUCAAUUAGCAAACUGGAUUUCAAUGAGUAUAUCUUUGUAUUUGUGUAUAUAUACUUGGGGAAGGGAAGGUUUUGAAAGUGGUGGAGUGAAGCAUUGAGGUUGGACUUAGUAAAUAUUGUUAUUUUUUAUGGAGUGGGUGCGGCUUUGAAGGUUUCAGAGCAACAUUGAUAUGGGGAUUUUGUCCAAAUAGGAACUCGGAGGGAGUGCGAUUUUCCGAGAUAGAAACAGAGGCAGAGAGAAAGAUAUUGCCUUGGUUUCAGAGGAAGAGUGUGUGGCUUUUACGGAGAUAGAGAGACUUGAGGAUUUUAUUGCUAAAUUUCAAAAACCAUGGCCUCUAAAUCACAUUUCUCAAGAGCACCCACAACUCACCAUAUGAGUGAUCCCGGCUAUGAUUUGGACGGCGAGGCUGGUGGCAACGUAGAGUUUGCUACCUACACGGUCCACAUCCCUCUCACACCAGACAACCAGCCGGUGUCUAUCUCCGUGGAACCAUCCACUUCUCGUAGUUUCAAAGACCGGCAUGUUUCAAUGGAACGCUCUGCUUCUCUGAGACUUGAAGACCAGUUUGCUUCGAGUUCUAUGUUUACAGGCGGCUACAAUUGCCUCACGCGUGCCCAGUUGAAGGAAAAAGUGAUCGAGACCGAUUCAAGCCACCCUCAGAUGACGGGUGCUAGAGGAUCAGCCUGUGAGGUGCCUGGAUGUAAUGGCAGGGUGAUGACUGAUGAGCGGGGUUUGGAUAUAAUCCAUUGUCCGUGUGAAUACAAGAUCUGUAGGGAUUGUUUAAGGGAUACUCUAACAACUGGAGAUGGGAUAUGCCCUGGAUGUGAGAAGUCUUAUAAUGCACAAGAUGGGUCUGUCCUUCCAUUUGUGUCGGAUGGGACGUCAAAGAUGGAGAGGAGGUUGUCACUGAUGAAGUCUCAAAAUUCAGGGCCCUCCCUUAUGAGCCAGACUAAUGAUGCCAAUUUUGGAAAUUGGCUGUUUGAAACAGAAAGAGAUUAUGGGUUUGGAAAUGCUAUGGGACCGAAGGAUGCUAAGAAUGAGGGUCCAGGUCCGACUGAUUUUAAAGACAAGCCUCGGGGCAAGCUUACACGAGAGAAGAACAUAUCUACUGCCAUUCUCACUCCAUAUCGGCUCCUAAUCCUUGUUCGAAUGGUGGUUCUUGGAUUAUUUCUUGAAUGGAGGGUCAGCCACCCUAAUGAGAAUGCAAUGUGGUUGUGGGGUAUGUCAGUGAUUUGUGAAAUCUGGUUUGCCUUCUCUUGGCUACUCGACCAGCUUCCUAAGCUCCGCCCUAUCAAUCGCACCACUGACCUUGAUGUUUUGAAAGAAAAGUUUGAAACACCUAAUCCACACAACCCUACUGGAAAGUCUGAUCUUCCAGGCAUAGAUAUUUUUGUUUCGACUGCAGACCCAGAGAAGGAACCACCGCUUGUCACUGCAAACACCAUUCUAUCUAUUUUGGCAGCUGACUACCCAGUCGAGAAGCUUUCAUGUUAUGUUUCUGAUGACGGAGGGGCCCUUCUAACCUUUGAGGCCAUGGCAGAAGCGUCUACUUUUGCCAACUUGUGGGUGCCUUUUUGCCGGAAGCAUAAUAUUGAGCCAAGGAAUCCAGAAUCUUAUUUCAAUCAGAAGAGUGAUCCUUACAAGAACAAGGUCCGCCCAGAUUUUGUCAGAGAUCGAAGACGAGUAAAGCGUGAGUAUGAUGAGUUUAAAGUUCGAGUCAAUGGCCUUCCUAAUUCAAUCCGGCGUCGUUCUGAGGCUUACAAUAGUUAUGAAGAGAUGAGGGCUUUGAAAGUUGAGAGAGAGAAGGGUAUUGAUGAACUAUUCGAGAUCCCAAAGAUUCCAAAAGCUACUUGGAUGGCUGAUGGAACUCACUGGCCUGGCACUUGGAUAACUCCUGCACCUGAGCAUUCAAGGGGUGAUCAUGCCAGUAUCAUACAGGUUAUGUUGAAACCUCCAAGCGAUGAACCACUUCAAGGUGCUGAAGUAGAUUCAAAUUGCAUUAGUCUAGGUGAAGUUGACAUUCGUCUUCCUAUGCUGGUUUACCUUUCUCGUGAAAAGCGACCUGGCUAUGAUCACAACAAGAAGGCUGGGGCUAUGAAUGCCCUUGUUCGAGCAUCAGCCAUAAUGUCAAAUGGCCCUUUCAUUCUUAACCUUGACUGUGAUCACUAUAUUUACAACUCCCAGGCACUGAGAGAAGGCAUAUGCUUCAUGAUGGACCAUGGUGGGGAGCGCAUUUGUUAUGUCCAAUUCCCUCAAAGGUUUGAGGGAAUUGACCCUUCUGAUCGUUACGCCAAUAACAACACUGUUUUCUUUGAUGUCAACAUGCGAGCCCUUGAUGGGAUUCAGGGUCCAGUGUAUGUUGGAACAGGAUGUCUCUUCCGAAGAACUGCCCUUUAUGCUUUUGACCCACCUCUGUUAAAAGAAAAGACUGGUUGUUAUGGUGCUUUCUUUGCACGUCGCAAGAAAGAUGCAACUGUUGCUUCUAUCCCUGAACCUAGUGAGAGCCAGUCAAUUCAAAUAGACUCUGAUUAUGAAGAAAUGAGUGUUGCUCUUAUACCUAAGAGGUUUGGGAACUCAACUUUAUUUGUUGAGUCUAUUAAAAUGGCAGAAUUCCAAGGCCGGCUCAUUCCUGAAUAUGCUACUAUGAACAAUGCACGACCACGUGGUGCUCUGACUCUCCCUCGGGCACUUCUUGAUACACCCAUGGUUGCAGAGGCAAUCAGUGUCAUUUCAUGCUGGUAUGAAGAUAAGACUGAAUGGGGCCAGCAGGUAGGGUGGAUUUAUGGGUCUGUGACAGAGGAUGUAGUCACGGGGUAUAGGAUGCACAAUCGGGGAUGGAGAUCUAUUUAUUGUGUCACCAAGAGGGAUGCAUUCCGUGGGACUGCGCCAAUCAAUCUCACUGAUCGGCUUCAUCAAGUUCUCCGGUGGGCCACUGGCUCUGUUGAGAUAUUCUUCUCCCGAAAUAAUGCUCUUCUGGCCGGCUAUAGAAUGAAGUUUUUGCAGAGGAUUGCUUACCUCAAUGUUGGAAUCUACCCAUUUACUUCCAUUUUUCUCAUUGUCUACUGCUUCCUUCCUGCACUCUCUCUCUUUUCUGGUCAGUUCAUUGUUGAGACCCUCAACGUGACCUUUCUUGUAUACCUCUUGGGCAUCACCUUGACUCUUGUUAUUCUUGCUGUGCUUGAGAUAAAGUGGUCUGGGAUCCAUUUGGAAGAGUGGUGGAGGAAUGAGCAGUUCUGGUUAAUUGGAGGAACAAGUGCCCAUCUUGCUGCUGUGCUCCAAGGGCUUUUAAAAGUGUUGGCAGGGAUUGAGAUUUCAUUCACUUUGACAUCAAAAUCUGUCGGUGAUGAUGCAGAUGAUGAGUUUGCUGAUCUAUAUAUCUUUAAAUGGACAUCUCUAAUGGUACCACCAAUUACCAUCAUGCUGACUAACUUGAUUGGAAUAGCUGUUGCAGUUUGUCGAACGAUAUACAGUGUUAUUCCUGAAUGGAGCAGUUUACUUGGAGGUGUGUUCUUUAGCUUUUGGGUCUUGGCACAUCUCUACCCCUUUGCAAAAGGAUUUUCAGGAAGACGAGGGAAGACACCUGUUGUUGUAUUUAUAUGGUCAGGUCUUCUUGCAAUCACUAUAUCUCUACUUUGGGUGGCUAUUGACCCCCCUUCAAGUAAUGCUCAAAUUGGAGGCUCAUUUCAGUUCCCCUGACACUUACUUUCAAGUGAAAGACCUUUCCUCCAGCCACCAUUUAUACCCUGUGGCCACGAGUUUCAAGUUCAACGAGCACUUGUGAGGGAAACUGCUAAAGUCUUGGUGAGAAAUUAAGUUUUGUUACAAUUUCAUAUUCAUGAUCUCCUGUGUCAUGAUGCCAAGGGGAAGGAAGGACUACACUAAUUUGUUCAUUCUUUUGAGAUUUUAGACAUGUGAACAUAAAAACUAAAGUGAAUAACACAUACCCUCUGUCAUUUAACUCAUCAAA